AUAUUGAAUGAAGAUGGACAGACUACCAGUACACGGGAGAAGAUACUAACAAUAACCGUAGGAAGAGGCUGGAGAGAGGGUACAAAGGUCAGGUUCACUAAAGAAGGAGACCAGGGACCCAACAGGAUACCUUGUGAUAUAGUGUUUGUGAUUAAGGACUUACCUCAUUCCCAGUAUCAUAGAGAAGGGAAUAACCUCAUAUACCAACCACUCAUUAGUCUAGUAACAGCAUUAACAGGAGGAGCAGUGGAACUACUGACACUGGACAAUAGACUCAUAACAGUACCAAUAACUGAUGUGAUAUAUCCUGGUAGAGAGAUAAGGGUUGUGGGAGAGGGUAUGCCCCUGGUUGAUGAUCCUAAUGAGAGAGGAGACCUCAUUAUUAGGUUCAAUGUCUCCUUCCCUGCAGUACUCAACCCUCAGCAAAAACAACUCAUUAAACAAGCACUUGUUGUUAACAUUUAAAAAUACAUUUACUUAAUGAUACUUUUAAAGAUUAAUAAGUAAUGCACAACACUCUAUAAUG